AGACUGGUCGAGUCAUCUGUCAAGUUGGAUGUACCAAGGUCAGUCAUUGURGAAGUUCUAAGUGAUGCUCAGGACAUAAUAACAAGAUAUCUUACUAGCGAUACUUGUCGAUGGAGAAUGAAGGUUAAUAUUGGUGAUAUGAAGACCAUGCUUUGCUUAGUAAAGGGUGUACUGGGAACCAAACCUGUUUGUCGGUUAUCUGAAAAAGAGCAAGAUUUUCUAUCUACUGUCUUAAUAAAGGCUUUUCUKCAGUCAGUGCCAUCCCCUCAUGACUCAUACCGUACACAAUCUUUGAAGCCAAUUCAGUUUCUUACUUGCGAAGGACGUCCUGUCUCUCAUACAAAGAUCAUCAAUGGUGUCCUAAUUGAAGCCCCAGAACUGCCAACAUACAAUCUUAACACUGCAGUGAGAAAUCUUAAGGUGGCUCUCUACAAUGUUUCCAUG